UGGAGGCGAUUCCCCUCCGGUGACACAGCCGGCUGCAUUUGGGCGAGUGGCUUUUUGCCUCUCUCGCGUCUUUGUCUCCUCCUCCUGCGAGGUUCCGACGCCCAGCGCAGGGUCUGCAGCGGCCGCCGCAUCAGCAAGAGCCCAGUCGUGCCCCACGCUGCCGCCCGGGCCGCACCCUCGUUCGGUGGCGGCGCCCAAAGACGCCACGCACCGCCUGCGUCCCGCGCGCCCCUGACACCGCGCACCAACGCCGCCGCCGCCGUGGUCGCAGGGGAGCAGAGCCUGGCCGGGCGGCCGGGGCAGGAGUGGGCAGCCCAGCUUGCAGCGGGUUGGAGGUGGCGGCCGCUGCAGCCCUGGCAGCGCGCACACCCCUAGGCAUACGCACCAAACGCCUCCUCCCUGCGCCACGAGGAUGGAGCAGCCAUCCCAGCCCGGGACUGGCGCAAGGUAAGGUGCAGCCGCCUGUUGCUUUUCGCAGAGCGCGGGAUCAGCUCUCUGAUCGGGUGUUUAGGCCGUCCCUCUGUGAAUAAGUAGGGGAGAAGUAUUGCUCCAGUUCUGAGCCUUGUCUGUCUAAUCGCCCUGGUCCCAUUGGCACAGACCCUUGGAGAGACCCCGCUUGGCGAGGGGUGUCACCCUCUUUGCUCCUGUGCAGCCGCUGCCAUGCAAUAGUCUGCAAACUUUUAUGACACCCCCCCACCCCCGCCUGCGCGGUGCUUAUCCCCGUGCGGUGCAAGUAGCACGUUUAGUUCUCGCGUGCGCCCUUCCCCCAGCUCCCCUUGCCAUUGCAUCUGCCCAUUUCUCUCUGUAUGUCCUUAGAACCAGUCGACUUUUCACUCCCCGCAGCUCCUGUUCCCGAGGCGAGGGUUGGGGACCCAGCAGUGCUCAUCCUGCCUAUAGAAGCUGGGUAGGAACAGAGAAGGUGAAAUAGGAGAGGUGGGACGUGGGGGAAAGCUGUGGGCCACUCCUGGGGCUCUAUCCAAAGUGGUGGGGGUCAGUCCACUUGUGUGAGCGCCACCCCCAACUCGAUAAUAAAACCGUUGGAGUGGCUUUCGGUUGUGCGCCUGGGGAACUGCAAGUGCAGAUCUGGGUGGGUGAAGUAAGUGGUUCGGGAAGAGAAAGCUUGCUGGUGGGGGUGCGGGAGGAAGCAGAGGGUAGGGGUAGAUCUGCUGACGGAGGAGGGGGAUGGAAAGUCUCUGCUAGUGAAGGCGAGGGGACAGCUCUGAGCGGUCAUUUGAGGAGGAGGAGGAGGAGGAGAGAAAAAAGUCCGGAGGGCGCUGGCCCGGGUGUGUAAAUACAGAGGGGGGCUGGGCACCUGAAAGGUGCAGAGGUGGAAUAUACCCUUGGAAUUCCGGGGCCCCGGGCUAUUUGCGAAGGCAGGCUUCUGCCUUCUACCUCCCCAUGAGCAAACAAUCCUCCCCGCUAUAAUCUGAAUGCGUUGGCAUCUUGGGUGGUGACUGAAUGGUCAGACCAUGGACCAAGGAUGCUUUCCCAGGCUCCAAGAGGAACAUAGCCCCCUCUCUUCUUUGGCAGCCUCUUGCUUCUAUACCCCUUCAUCUCCGCAGUGGGGUGGGUAGACCCACGCCCACCUUCCCUGCCAGCACUUGGCUGUCAAGACGAUCUCCACAGCCCUAGGGAAGGAGACUGUGGGCCCUUAGGGGCAUGCGUGUGUGUGGAGUAGGGUGUGUGUGGAGGCAGAGGAUAGGGUUUCCAGGCCCAGCAACUAGGCAGGGGUCCCAACCGGUUGGUAGAGAGUGCAGGGGCGGAGGCUGCAGUGGGAGCCACCUUCUCCCCGCUGCUGCUCCACAAAUUGCACCUGGGCGGAGCAAGGGAGUGGGGGAGCAGUGUGCUGUGCCUGGGAGGAUCGGAGUGGAGCAUAGCUGGAGGGCGUGUGGGGAAACGCAGAGCAAGGGGGUGUGGGCAACGGAUGAGGCGAGACCCAGCUUCCAGACCCGGGACCUCGGGCACAGGUGGGUGCAUCCACCUUGCAGCCCCAGGUAGAUCUCUCUGUUUGUUCCAGAGGCUUUGGUGGGAUGCAGGAAGGCGAGGCUUUUUCCUCCUUUGCACCCCAACAAUCCCUAGCGCAAGACCAUUUGCGGGAGCAGGAUGGAACUGAGUUUGCUGUUGCCCAGAAGGGGCAGCCUCUUCCUUUUUAGCACCCAAGCCCUCCCCCUUUCCUGGUGGGGAACUAACUCACUUGGAUGCUAAGGCUGGGAAGCACUUCACUUAACCUUUCUCUCCUGGAAGAGGUACACGCCCCUCUCCAAGAGGUGUCUUGGCUGAGUCUUGUCUCUGGUUCCUACAUGCCGCAUAGGGGAAGCAUUUGGAGGUUGUGUUGGUCUAGGACUGGGUACAGUUCUCAGGUCCUCCCCGGCCAGACCUCUCACGUGCAGGUUCCUAGGAGCACAGCCUUCUCUACCUUGCUUCCUGCUCUCCUGUACUAGCUGGGACAAAGCAGAAUUCAGGCAGUCCAUUUUCUGGACCCUUUGAUCAGAUUCUUCCAGAAGAGACUUGGACUCCUCAGGGAUCCAGGAAGGAAUCCUGAUGGCAGUCACUCCCAUUCUGGAGCCCCUUGCUUUCUGCCUUGCCCAGGGAAAGCUCCAGAGUCCCAAGGAUCCUGCAUGGGGUUUCCCUCUGCACCCAGGGUCUUGGAACAGCUCCUGAGUGCAAAAGCCACAUCCUUGCAAGCCAGGUCUGGCUGAUGACAGAAUGCAACUUCUGAAUUACCUGGAUGCUUGAGGUAGGAGCCCAUCCCAACCCCUCAUCCCGCAGGAGUGAGUUUCUAACACCCCACAGCCCCUUUCUUUCUUGAUGCUUGUCACCUGGCCUCUUCACAGAAACACAUCAGAGCAUGUCCCUUGGGAACUUGAAAGAAAGAUACAAAUCUACAGGGCUAUGUUUCUUUGAACCUAGGUUAAACAAACUAUGCUUAUACAUAAUAGAUUAUGUUCACUUUUGCUUUUUUUUUUUUUACAGAAUCUUAAAAUUAAUUAGGUAAAAAAGACUUGUUUGUUUGAAGAAGAUUGUUUUUUUUUUUCAUAAAUGCUUCUCAAUCACCAUCAGCAGAAAAAAUCAGUAUCAUAUAAUGGACAAGCCACCACAAAUGUGCCUGUUUUGCAAAAGAUUGCAGUAUAAUAUUUAUAAGCCUUCAAAUCAACAGAAGUUAACCAACCAUGCUAUCUUUUAAUUGUUUUAAUUGUUGGUAAAUGGAUUACCAACAAUUUCAGCAAAGUCUUUCUAUCAGCUUGAGUAGUUCUGACCUGCCCUACUCACAAGUAUUUAUGAAAAUAUGAAAAAACGUAGCAUAUCAGGGGGAAAAUGUUUUUGAUGCUAUGAAAUAUGUUGGUAUGAUUUCUCCUGGAUCUCUGGCCUUUCAGGUAAGCUUUUGUACGGGUGUAAUUCUCAAAUAAAACAGAGUAUUCUUAGUGGGCAUACCUGGGAUUCAGAAAUGGGAAAAAUGUUUCUCACCAUUUGCUCACCCACUGAGCCCCUUCCACAGAGGGCUCUUUCUCCAGCCACUUAGGGAUUUCAUACAUCUCUAAGCAUUCUUGUAGGAUAGAAUUCUGGUUUCUAGGCACACCCCAUGUCUUUUCUAUGAAGUCAUGGUACCAGAGUUGUCCUCCUCUUGGAGGCAAACCAAGAAAAAGUCAAUUGGAGGAAACAAGCCAGGGAAUGGGGAAAAUCCGUGCUUCAGAUUCAUAUCAAGAAGGCAAGAGUGAUAAGCAAACAGUAGAAACUUGGUGGCUUUCAUGACACCUGGAACAGGAUUUCCAUCCCUAAUGCACACCAAGUCAGAGGUCCUGGGCAGUAACUGAGAUGGAGAAAGAAAAGGUGGGAACCGUGUUCUGUGAGGAGAUGAGGCUGGCUGGUGUGGAGUCCUGUUGUGACACAAAUACCUGUAGCAAGUGGGCACACUCCAGGAUUUGCUCCUCUUUCCCUUCUUCCCCCCUCUUCCUCACCCUCUGCUGAUCAGAAUCCCAGAACUGCCAAUUUCUCAAGGGGAGGCAUUCUCUUUCUAGAGAAUUCAUUAGAAAUGAAUCUUAUUUCUUAUGUAAGUAGGAAAAAAGUUUUGCACAUCUACCACACUCUUCAUGGAGAAUUAUUAAACAUCCUAUCACCCCAAAAGGGAAACUAGCUGAAGGUGGGGACAUAAAUUUACUUAGAUUACAGGAGCUAAGAAAAAAGAUAAAGCUUGAAAUCUAGUGUGACCAAGUGUGGAGAAAUGGGUCCAUCUGAACCUGACCCUGCACCCUGGUUUCCAGUUUUGAGCUUUUCAGGGGAGGUGGGGCAUUAGCACUACUCACGUGGCCACCACCUCACUCUUAUUUUCCUGUGGCUCCUGUGUGGUGUGAGAUCAAUGGCUCACAUGGCACCUCUAUGGCACAAUUCUCUCACGUGUAUUUGUUUUAAGUCGUAUAAAUAUUAGUUUGUUGACUUUCAGAAUGACAAGUAAUAUCGAGCAACAUGGAAAAUGAAAAUGUUUUAUUUAGAGCACAUUGAAUGAAUAAGUUUAUGUACAUAUACUCUUAAGUUACAAUUUUCAUUCUGGGUUGGAUAUUUAAAAAUCAAACACAAUUGAGAUCCAGAGCAUCUGACCUAUACUGAAUAUUUCAUAACAAGCAAAACCGAAUAAUAAGAUUCUGUGGAAAGAGUUUGAAGAAAAUGUUGCAAACUACAAAGAAAAAAACAAGACAAUGAAGAACAUAAGAAGCUUUGCCCUCAUGGAUUUUAUUUUAAAUAAAUAUAUAAUACCUUAAUCCAUAUUUAGAAUUUUUUGUUUUGUUUCAUUUUUGAAGCAGGAUCUCUCUUUGUAUCUCUGGCUGACCUCAAACUCACCAUUCUCCUAUUUCAGCCUCCUGAGUGCUGGGCUUAUAGGGGUGUGUGUGUGUUGUUCCACCUGGCUUUCCACAUUUAGCUUUGAAUAAUCUAUAUGACUGAUACACUUAGUACAAUAUUUAUUUUAUCUUUAGAUUAUAACUUUGAGCUUUGUUUGACAAAUGGUUAGAAUCAGGAUGGAAGUGCUUAUAUAUGAAAUAAGAGUAUAUUCUUCCAUACACUUUGUAAAAACAUAGCGACUUAACACAUCUCAGCAGCCUAUGAAAUGGCCAUCUCAUGUGAGAAUGGAAUAUGGAAUCUUUUCAGGAGCUGAUAGUCUUCCCCAAAGGGGUAAGGUAAUGUAAGGGCCAUAUAAUUCUCUAAAAAUGAAUGAAUAAAUACAGAAAUAAGAACCAUUCCCAAUAAGAAAAGUUUUAUUCUUUAAGAAGAUAAAUGAACAGAUUAGGAAAGGUUAUGAAAUUUGUGAUUUCAUUUUAUCCUGAGCUCUCUAAACUAUAUUUUAUAUUGAUACUUGUCCAAGGUAAAUAUCACCAUAUUUUCAGGCAGUUUUUCUAAAAGUGUUUUAGUACCUUUUAUCAGGACAAAAUUUGAAACAAAUAUCAAAAAUACAUCCAGCCAUUCUUAACAAAGUAUGACAAAGUAAUAUGUUUUCAAAUAUAGGUUAAUUUCCAAUUUUUCCCUCUUCACUUUCCUCCUACCUUCCUUCUUUCCUUCUAUUUCCUUAUACCUCCCUCCCCUUCUUUCUUUCUUCCUUUUUUAGGUCAUUGACAGAGUAAGUAUUCAGUACCUUUCCUGGGAGAGACUACUUUUCAGGACAGAUAGUUCCCCCAAUGAGGGCAGGGCUAAAGAUCCAGUGCACUUGUAUACUUGUCCAACAGGAAGGCACCAAGUUCAUGAGGUCCUUUAUUGGCUCUCCCCCAGUCUUCUUAUUUUCCAGCUCUGAUUUGGAGAAGCAGUCAUUGUCCAGACCUGUUUAUGAGGGCUUCCUUGUUAGUAGUGACUAAGCAGUAUACUGCUUUGUGUUACAGUGGACCCUGUAUACUCAGAAGUCCUGGUUUAGCCUGCUGAUAUCCUCUGGACAUGAGGAUUAUCAGGGAUAAUUAUUCAGGGAUUAUCAAGAAAGAUACUUUCCACUCUUUUUACAAAGUAUAUUUAUGCUCGGGGUGUCAGUGUUAUCCUCCUGUUAUGGAAUAUUAUGUGGUCAUUUAUUGGGGUAUAAAGUCUGUUUUUCCAAUUGUGUUUCAGAAAUACCUCCUAUAAAUAUGAUGAAUAUUAUUCCAAAAUGGAAAGUGUAGUGUAAACUAUCAGUGCCCAAAAAUUCUGCUACAGAACCUAUGAAGGAGAGAUGGCCUGUGGCCAGUCAGAUCAGGAAAGCCAAGCAAGAGGCAGCAGAAAAGCAGCAGAGGAGAGUUGGUAAGAGAGAGGAGGAGUAAGAGUGGUCAUAAGAGAAUUGUAACCAUUCAAAGGAAGAAAGCCCAGCAAUUUGCACAAGAAGACUAAGAAAUAGCUGAUAGCACUGCCAAAUCUAAGGACAAAGGGGAAAAAAAAAAGAACAAGGGGAGGCAAAGAAAGAGAAUGGGAAUAAUAAACCUGAAAAAGAAAUAAUAUGCAAGUAAAGAGAAUUACUAAAUAAUUCCUAAUUGUCCAGCUCAACUCCAAGCAGACUAGCUUCUCAGCCAGAGGGCCUGGCCUCUUUCUCAUAUCCCAGAACACCUCAUUAAUGUACCUUCUCAAUCACCAGCCCCAGGGCUCUGACUGUUAUUUGCCCUUGGUGCCAUUUGGCAAUCUGGUGAAGCCUAGGGACCCCAGAAUUACACAUAAAUACAAUACAAAAAAUAUUUGUGUGUUAAAUAUAUAAAAUAUAACCCAUAAGAUUAUAAUUAUAAUCAAACAAAUUUUGGUAAUAUCUAGUUAUAAAAGAAACCAUUGUUACUAAUGUAUGUAACUCUUAUAGCAUGCAUGUACCACAAACUCUAGUGAUGGGGCUAAUGACUCCCAUAAUUUUAAAGUAGGGAUGAGCCUACAUGCAUAACUGUAGCAACUAUAUUGAGAUUUGAAAACAUUUGAUUUAUAUUGGCGAUGAAACCAUUGGUUCUGCUACUGCCUUUGAGAUCUAUGGCUGGCACUCUUAACAGAAGGAAAUGCCUCAUUGCUAUUUAAGGCUAAUGAAAAACGUUUUGACUUUUUUUUCCAUUCGAGCUUGUGGAUGGAUGUCUUAGAUUAUGCCUUGGAAGUCUUACAACCACAAGAGCUCUAGACUGGGUGACCAAAUAUUUUGUCACUUACCACAGGAACACUUUGGAAAAUUAAAGGGGCCUUAGUUAUUCCCUCCAAGGCAGCAAGUGUAAUUGGGGAUGAGCCUGGGCAAAUUAUAAUAUAGGGUCCUCCUAGCUGCUUUAACUAUCAGGGUACUUCCUUCCUAGACCAAUUUUCACUUCUCUGCACCAAGGAAUUGACUUUAUCUGCCCAAUUCAUAGAGAUCAAGGGCUUGGGAAGUACAGAUGACUUUUAGCUGAAAGAAGGUCCCAUGUGAGGGCCACCUCCAGGCUAUGGAAUGCCUUUGUAAGAACUGAAAAGUGGACUUCCCAUGAGCAGCAAGUAGCCUUGUGGAACCUGGGUGAAUAAGCAUUGGCUUGCAUUUUAGUUCCCAGUGGCACCCUUGGCUAGGAUCCCUGUAGCAUUGGCCAAUAUCACCUUGAGUGAGGGAGAAUUAUCAGGCUACAUUAUAUUCCAGUCAAAAAUUGUAACUUCCCCUCCAGCAUUUUUUUCUUUUCAGCUGAGCUUCUACAAUGGUUCUGAAUGGUUUACUUCCUUUUCCUGCCCACUUCCUAGCUAUCAGGAAAUGGUCUGGGUGCAAGCAGGUGGGUAGAGACCCAGGGGAAAAGUGCAGGACCUGAAGGAUUCUUAAACUGAAUGAUGGAGAGGAAACAUGGUCAUGGGAUGUUUCCUAACAGAUGGCUCUCAUUGUCCCAUUUUGGGGGAGAUGACAAAAUGGCUCUGCUCUUGAGAUCAGCAUGUUUUUAUCUGUUCUAACGGUGAAAUAGAACUUGCUUAGUAGAAAACACUCUCCUCAGAAACGCUUUGACUUAGCAGGAGGAGGCAACAGCUCAGAAAACAUCUUUGUUAUAUGUGUAUAGACUACUUGACUGGCCUGGCCAUCAAGUAACCUGGUUUAGUGUUUACUCUAAUCCAGUAGUGGGCUGGUUAUAUCCAUUGCCCAAGCUCUACUUUCCCAGUGAGAGAAGAUGAUUGAGGACUAAAUGUUUUCAAAAGCCCCUACCAGCUGUAUGAUCUGCAAGGUCAAGGAUGUAUCCAGCACUGUUUGAUUUAUAUUUUGUAUGAUGGCUUUCCUGUUUAUGCUGGUACAGACUUACGUGUUUGCUUAUGCAUUUUAGCCCUUAAAUGGCACAGAUCUAACAAUGGUAGAUGGACACUGUAUGAUCCUGAGGAUCAGUGAUAUUUGGAGUACUUCUGAGACCCUAGAAUAAGAGGAUGAGGUUAGAGGGUUAAAAAGGGAAGGAGAGCUGACUGGUAAAGGGGCCAGGUAAGAAAAGGGUAGAAUGAUGGAUAACUGUCAUGCAGGCAGGUUGUAGAGAAGAUAAAGGGAGGGGGGUUGAUGUCCUAAAAGGUAACUGUGUUCUCAUCUUGUAGUCAACUCUGUCAAGCCAUACGACCAUAUCACUCUCUACUCAAAGCCUUUAAGUCAGAUCAUCCUUAGUGUGGUCUCAAUUGCCUGAUUUCUUCCUGCUUCUUCACUGUCAUUUUCUUUGUAAUCCUGUAAGUCCUACUGAGUUGGUAUUGGUUCCAAAUUGCUAUUGGCCCUAUUUCCUUUCUCUAGCUCUAUCCUGAUAAACUGAAAUCAGCCAUAGUAAGAGUAUUUACAUCACAGACACUGAAAAACAGGGUUUCCCCCCAGAAAUCUAGUUGUAAAAUUUCCACCCACACCACAUCCCUGCCCUACCAAAUGACUUGAAGUCUUUGCAACUUAAGGAGUUUGUCAUCCUGUUCCUGACAGUUUACCUCUCCCUCCUGAUCUCUUUCUUUUCUCUUUUUCCCUUCUUUCUAUCAAUUUUCCACCAAGCCAUCUACCCAGAGGUACCAGACUAAGCUAUAAUUCCUCUUCUGCCAUUUAGUAGCUAAGUAAGUGUGGGAAAAUUUCCUAACCUUAAUAUGGCUCAGUUUUCUCUAGGUGAAAUGAGUAUAGUAAUAGGAAGUUGGAAUGUGUAAAUUAAUGAACAUGUAUAAUGUGCUUUUAACUGUGCCUGGUAUAUGAUAAAUAUUACUUGUCAUUGAUAUUAGUAUUGAGCAAAUCGUUACUGAUCACUUACUGUGUGCCCAGCCCUGAAUAUGCAGGUAUGAAAAGAAGUUAUCAAAAUAAGAACAAGAAAAUGUUUGAGAGCUCUGAAUGAAGUCUGGUUCAUUAUUCCAGGGUUUUCAAAACUGACUUCAGGGAGCCAGUGGCAUGUGAACUGUAUCCUGAAAGAUAGUCACAUGUACCACCAAACUGGCAAGACAAAAAGGAAAGGGACCAGAGGAAUGGUUGUUAGGAUGUGUGAACAUGAACCUGUGAUCCCACAGGGAGAAUAGGUAUUUGGUCAGCUUUCAGUUAUAGCAAGUCUCCAGGAAGUAAACUGCAACUGUCUUUUAGUGUUUGUCUUUUUCUUUUUUUUUUCUGUUGCCUGCCUCAGUGUAGGUCUGAGCAUUGGCUUUUCCAAAAAAAUAAAAAAUCAGAAGUCUAGAUUUUAUGUGGAAGCUCCUGAUGUUUAAUGGUAGGAUUCAUAAAAUCAAAACAAAAUAAAACAAUAAUAGCAACAACAUAACACAUCUGCAGGCUAUAUUCAGCCUCCUACAGAAGAAUAGAGUUCUAGGUUCCAAAGCUUGUUUAAAAAUGCUAAGAUAUGCAAUCAAAUUCCUAAUUUGAAAUGUGAUUCUGUCAUUAACUGUGUGACCACAGGCUAGGGUCCCUUAACUCUCUGAGUCUCAGUGUUCUGCCACAUGUCUAUCAUAUUUCUUGUCCUCUGUACCUUACUGUGAGAAUAAAAGCUCUUGCAAAGAGCUUGACAAGGGCUGGUGUUAUCUGUAGGCCAUGGUGUGCUGUGGCAAAGCCACAUAGUACAGCCCCAGCACAGUUUAAGUCACCCAAAGAUACCUAAAAUGUCCUCACGUGCCUCAUUAAUUUUAACAAUAGAUGGGGGAGAGAAAAGUAGGUGUGUUUGACAUUCCAUUUUGGAAGUCAGCACGUCAGAAAUCCAGCUAAGAGUUAAUGAUUGAUUCUGUAAGGAUUCAGGGCACCAGGGAAAAGCUGCGCUCCAUGGUCUGUGCUGAUUGUUCCUUAGAGAUGGAGGAAGGAUUGUCUGUAAAGGACCAAGUGUUAGCCUUGUGUCAAAUCUGCGCUUGCAUUUGUGUAAUUCCCCUCUUGAUUCCCUUCCAUUCCAGACUGGUUCUGAUCAUGAAGGCUUUUAUCAAAUGCUACAAAGUCAAAUUAUUUCUGGUAAAAGGAAUGAGCUUGGUGGACUUUGGCUUCUGUACAGACAAGAGGCCAAAGAACAGGUGCUGAAAAGAUGGAUAGAAUUUUUCUUGAUCCUACAAAGGAGCAUGUCUGCAUUGUGCAGAGACCUGCAAUUGCUUUACAGCAAUCCAGAGACAGGAUUCCUGCCAUGAAACAUAAACACAGGCUCUGGUUCCCAAGCAAGGACAGGAAUAAUGAAGACACACAUGUGCUAGCUGUACCCUUUUAAACCCCACAAGAAGGAAAUCAAUGGUGUGGACAGAGCUGGAACCAUUGCCACACUUGUUGGAGUAAAUGAGGAAUGGACUUAGGAUUAUGCUGACAUUCCAGCAUGAAUCUGGUAGACCUGUGGUUAACCCGUUCCCUCUCCAUGUGUCUCCUCCUACAAAGUUUUGUUCUUAUGAUACUGUGCUUUCAUUCUGCCAGUAUGUGUCCCAAGGGCUGUCUUUGUUCUUCCUCUGGGGGUUUAAAUGUCACCUGUAGCAAUGCAAAUCUCAAGGAAAUACCUAGGGAUCUUCCUCCUGAAACAGUCUUGCUGUAUCUGGACUCCAAUCAGAUUACAUCUAUCCCCAAUGAGAUUUUUAAGGACCUCCAUCAACUGAGAGUUCUCAACCUGUCCAAAAAUGGCAUUGAGUUUAUUGAUGAGCAUGCCUUCAAAGGAGUAGCUGAAACCUUGCAGACUCUGGACUUGUCAGACAACAGGAUUCAAAGCGUGCACAAAAAUGCCUUCAACAACUUGAAGGCCAGGGCCAGAAUUGCCAACAACCCCUGGCACUGUGACUGUACUCUACAGCAAGUUCUGAGGAGCAUGGCAUCCAAUCACGAGACGGCCCACAACGUGAUCUGUAAGACCUCCGUGUUGGAUGAGCACGCAGGAAGGCCAUUCCUCAAUGCUGCCAACGAUGCUGACCUUUGUAACCUCCCUAAAAAAACUACUGAUUAUGCCAUGCUUGUCACCAUGUUUGGCUGGUUCACCAUGGUGAUCUCAUAUGUGGUCUAUUAUGUAAGGCAAAAUCAGGAGGAUGCCCGGAGACACCUUGAAUACUUGAAAUCCCUGCCAAGCAGGCAAAAGAAAGCAGAUGAACCUGAUGACAUUAGCACUGUGGUAUAAUGUCUAAACUGACUGGCACUGGGAAAGAAAGUAGUUUGCAAUUUCAGUAGAAAAAGUGGUUUACUUCUUCCAUUCGUUGUAAACAUUUAAAACUUUGUAUUUCAGUUUCUUUUGAAAUAUGCCAUUAUUGAACUUUUAACAAACACUCCAACAUAACAAAUAAUUUUAGUUUAGUGAUCUACCCCCUUCAUUGUGCCCCUGAUGGUAUAUCCCUAAGUAAGCUACUGUCUAAACAUUAGUUAGUCCCAUCUCACUAUUUAAUAAUGAAAUUUAUUUUUUUAAUUUAAAACCAAAUAAAAGCUUAACUUUGACCAUGGAAAA